AUGGGACCACCAUCUGCAGUGUUUAGUAUAGUACAACCCCUUCAAUACAGAGCAAAUGUGACAAGCAUUCAGAAUACUCAAACCGUUGAUGUAGUUGUUCUUCCAGUUCCAACACACAGUACAGCAGACAUUCACUACGAAAUGGCUUUAACGCCAACUUUUUGGGAUAAAAGACCAAUUUCUGUGUACCAGGCAUUCGCCCAGCACAGAGCACGAACUACGGACAGCUGUAACAAUACGUGUGAUCCUACAGAACCACACUGUAACGCUAUGAAUGCCACGGCAUGGGAAGACUUGAACAAAGAGGGGCGUAUGCCGUUUACGCCAUUCCUUUCAAGGGGACAGUACGUAUUCGACUGGGAAAAACAUCUUCUGAGUUACCCGCCCUUGUUUGAUUAUAAAACUCUACCGGAUAAAAGUUUAUCUAAAGUUGUAAUGGAGAAUGUACACAAUGGGACGGUGACGUGUAAGAUGUUUGGAUAUCUACGUGGGCGGGUGGAUCUUGUGGACGGGUAUGGACGCAGGAGGACACGGGGUGACGACGAGGUGCGGGUGUGGGUCAAGAGCGCUGACGUCCAGGGGUACGCAUCUUCUGGUGACGUCACAGAUUUAAAGAACGGAAGUUACUCGUUUACAAUACGUUGUCUUUGGCCAGGGAACUCUAGUUUGUAUAUCGCGUUGUCGUAUCCAAGAGAAUUUCUUCGUGUGGCGGUGCACCAGAUCCAUUUAGGUGUCUCCAGGAUGACAAGGGCGACGUUUGCCAAUGAAGACAUGAAAGAAGUUUCUUUCAACAGAUUAACUUGCGAUGAUUGGGUAGACACAGGAACACUUUAUUUGCCAUUGCCUUUAGACGUAACUGAAGCUGAAAACGAUCUUAUCAGAAACUCAACUGGGUACGCACCAAGGACGUUACUUAAACACAAUUUGAAGAUUUUAACUCUAUCAACAGGGAAUCCAUUAAAUCUUCCUCUCUGCUACAAGUCGAACACAACAGCAACAUGGAACAUGUCUAGACCCAAGGGGUUCUGGUCGCCGGGACUUGUAUGGAACUCGCUUGUCUGUAAACAAAAACAGGACGUGACCAGAGAAUGGGCUCAACAAUGUUUACAGAACACGACUGUCUGGAUCAUCGGCGACUCCAACGGGAACAGAACUUACACAGGUUUUCUGAACAUCACAGGCUGCAAUGAUACCUCCGGUGGUUGGCCGAGAUCAUCAAGGUGUCAAAUAAAAAAUCUUGGAUUUAAAAUCAAUGCCAUGUCGCACGAGAAACCGCAGUUUGCAAAUUUGAUGCGAGCUCACCAUAUAGGCAGCGUGCCUGAUGUUAUAGACAACAUCACCAGCACAGGUAAACACAUUGUAUUCGUUCACUACUACCUGCAUUACAUACCUGCUCAUAUGAGUGUACUGUAUCUGAGAAUGAAAGCCCUACGAGAGGCGGUAGAAAGACUACUGAAGCGAAACCCCAAUGUCCUGUGUGUGGUACGUGGACCCCACAUUACCACGGUUGACUGGAGCGCUAAUCACGCCGUGGGCGGGGACACGCUGGCCCCCAGGUUUGUUGACGUCAUCAAGGACAGGUUUAGAGGUCUGGAACAUAAGGUGCUUUACCUGGACGGUUGGGAUAUGACGGUUUCGAUAGAAAAUGCAAAGUUCCAUCCCCCAAUCGAACUUACUAGAGAAACCGUCAACACGAUAUUAUCAUAUAUUUGCCAAUGA